AUGUAUGAAUUAAGGUAAACUUAUAAGCUAAGUAAAAAUAAUUAUUUAAUUAUUUUAGAUUAUGCUACAAUUCAUAAGAUAAUUUCCAUUAAACAAGCAUCUAUUUUACCUUCAUAUUCAGCUAAGCUAAAUACCAUUGAACUGAAAAAGCUAAAAAUUAGCCAAAAAACAAUUAGAACAGAUUUAGCUUGA